GGUUUGGCAGGAUAACUCUAGUAAGCGGGGCCUUUGUCCUUCAGUGGCUAAGAGGCAGCCGCCGGUUGGUGACACGGCUUUUGGUCGGGCUAGGCGAAGGGCCUGAGAGGUGACCGGCAAAGGAUCAGAGAGGGAGGGGAGGACCGCAGUGGCGGCGGGAGCAGCAGGAGCCUGUGAGGGAGUGCAGAGCAGGCGCCCCGGCACCCUCGGGGGCAGGAGCAGCCCCCACGCCGCUCUCUCUCUGUGGGGGACCUGCUGUUGCAAUAUGACUUUGGAGGAAUUCUCGGCUGGCGAGCAAAAGACCGAAAGGAUGGAUAAGGAGGUGGGGGAUGCCCUCGAGGAAGUGCUGAGCAAAGCCCUGAGUCAGCGCACCAUCACGGUUGGGGUGUACGAGGCCGCCAAGCUUCUCAACGUUGACCCGGAUAAUGUGGUGCUGUGCCUGCUGGCCGCGGACGAGGACGACGACAGGGAUGUGGCUCUGCAGAUCCACUUUACCCUGAUCCAGGCAUUCUGCUGCGAGAACGACAUCAACAUCCUGCGCGUCAGCAACCCGGGACGCUUGGCGAAACUCCUGCUCCUGGAGACGGACACGAGCCCCGGGGCGAGUGAGGGCGCAGAACAGCCCCCAGACUUGCACUGCGUGCUAGUGACGAAUCCACAUUCAUCGCAAUGGAAGGAUCCUGCUUUAAGUCAACUUAUUUGUUUUUGCCGGGAAAGUCGCUACAUGGAUCAGUGGGUUCCAGUGAUUAAUCUCCCUGAACGGUGAUGGCAUCUGAAUGAAAAUAACUGAACCAAAUUGCACUGAAGUUUUGAAAUACCUUUGUAGUUACUCAAGCAGUUACUCCCUACACUGAGGCAAGGAUUACAGAAACUGAUGUCAAGGGGCUGAGUUCAACUACAUGCUCUGGGAGCCCGGAGUAGAUGACUUUGCAGGUGGAAAGAGGUGAAAAUGAAGAAGGAAACUGUGUUGAAACAGAAAUACAGUCAAAAGGAACAAAAAUUACAAAGAACCACGCAGGAAGGAAAACAAACUAUGUAUUAAUUUAGGAUGGCUGAGUUACAUUUAAUUAAACCAAAUACGCUUUGUUAAAGUUUAAAUGUGCGGCAGUAGCUUUGAUAUUUUUGAUUUAUAUGCCCUCAA